AUGGCUGAUGGUGAGGAUAUUGAAAGUUCCAUGGACAAACAAUUCAACGAUAAUGAGGGAGGUAAACCUGAUAAAAUGUUUACGUUGAAGAAGUGGAAUGCUGUGGCUAUGUGGAGUUGGGAUGUUGAGUGCGAUACCUGCGCUAUUUGCAGAGUUCAAGUAAUGGACGCUUGCCUACGUUGUCAGGCGGAGAAUAAACGUGAGGUACUUGGACGACAGGACUGCGUAGUAGUUUGGGGAGAAUGUAAUCACUCAUUCCAUCAUUGUUGCAUGUCGCUCUGGGUGAAACAAAAUAACCGCUGUCCGCUCUGCCAACAAGAGUGGUCCAUACAACGCAUGGGCAAGUGAGCAAAAUAGAGCAUCAGCAGUUAUAAUGGAACUGAAAAUAGAUUUUCUAAAUUUUAAGAAAGCAACUGGUAAUUGAUGUUAAUUAAGUGAGCUAAUAUUUUCUCAAUAGAUUUAAGUUUCAAUAUUUGUUUGGUAUGUAAGUUUAGGAGAAUGGUGAAAAUGUAUAAGAGAAAAUCUGUAAUAAAUUGUAUUUGAGAAGAAAGAGUACUAAGUAGCGCAAAGGAUAUGAAAAUGGAGCAAAUGUGAACAUAUGCUACUAUGUAUAUUGAGCGCAUACAAAAUUAACAACAAAGACAGAGUCUACAAAUAUUCCUUAGAAGAUCUUUUUGUUAAAGUAAACUUAUCUACAUUCGUAUUCUAAGGAAAGUCAGCGAAGUAAAAAAUUUAUGCCCCGGGUGAGGCUCGAACUCACGACCUUAAGAUUAUGAGACUUACGCGCUGCCUACUGCGCCACCGAGGCUGUAUUAAAUAAUGGACCGAAAGACGCAUAUAAAUGAAGUAUUCUAGAACAGAAAUAAGAGAAAAAAGUGAAAAAAAAUCACUGCACUGAUAUUCUACAAAAUAAAGACAAACCCUUGAAGCGAUAUUUAAAGUGAAUGCAAGAAGAAUAAUCUUAUUUAGUAUAUAGUUAUAAGGAACUGACGCCAUUGAAAUUCGUGAUUUGUAUAGCAAAACCACCAAUGUAUAAAAUUUUUGAUUUUUCGCAUUCUUAAUAUAAGAAAUUUGUUAAUUUUGCCAAUUAGAGUCACUUUAGUAAAUCAGCACUGCUGUCGUUAUCAGCACCACUAAUUAACUCCAAUAUACAUAGUUAAUAGUUGUAGAAAGGCCUUAAGCUCACUGGCUCACUGGAGUCAACUUCACCUGCCCUUAAUAUGGGUUCCCGGAAACAGAAAAAUUCUCGCUAACGAAAAAGCUGACGAAUUGGCCAAACCAGGAGCGUCUUUGGAUGAACUCGAAGCGGAGUUAACAUCAUAUCCGCUGGGAACGAUCAAAAGAGAUCUUUUUACUCACGAUGAACAAAUACCACAGUGCAGAUAAAAAUCAAUAACCAAUGAAGUCGAAAUGGUCCAAAUAUGAUAAGACUCGAACAAAAGACCUACUCUGUAGGACCAGGCAUAGUAUUUUAAGGCUUACGAAAACUAGAAGGAAAUAAGGAAACAGUCUUGCACUUUCUUUGUGAAUGUCCAACACUAGCACAAACCAGACACAGAAUAUUUGGAACACAUCAGGUAUGAACCUUGAGUGGCUGUCCACAAAAGCAUAUUGGACAUAAAUAGUUUCAUCGAAGGCAUAAAAUGGUUGGAGUGCAAAGAUGAAACGAGAUAGCAGUUUUAUAUAAGUCAGGCGAUAUGCAUUAAAAUCGCAAAUCCAGCGCUAAUUGAGCCCAAAGUGGCUCCUACUUACCUAUACCACACAUCCAUAAAUUUUAGUACAGAAAUUCCGCCAUAUCAAUGAUUAACAUAGUAUAAGUUGCCUACAUUUUGGCGCAGUGAAAAUAAGCUCAGGUUUUGUAAGAUAAUGGUGACAGAUGGAAAUUAAGUUUUUACUUGACCACUGUAUAUACCACAAGAUUCGGGAAAAGAAAUUGGAUAAAUAAGAUAUAAUUACAAGAGUAUGUCCUUUGUAAAAAUAAUUACAACUUAGUAAAGUUAAGAAUGUUGUUAAGAUUGACCACAAAUAUUUAUUAUUUACGAAUUUCAACUUUCUCUUCUUAUUUAAAUUCGAUUUCUUGCAAUUUGUUACAUAACUUAUAUUUGUUUAUAAUUUCGUACUGGGGGAAAUAUAGGCUAUUGAUAUGCUCGGUGAA